AUGGGGGGAGAGAGUGGAGGGGAGGGGUGGUGCUGCUGGGCCCUCGUCGCCGUUCCACGUUGGCGUUGGUGGUGGUGGGCGCUGUCGCGUAUCAUCGUCGUUGUCGCAUGUCGUCGUGCUCGCAUGUCGUUGUUCUCGCACGUCAUCGUUGUUGUCACGUGCCGCUGCUGGGCGCUCGUCGCCGUUCUGCGUUGGUGUUGGCGGUGGUGGGCGCUCGUUCGUCGUUGUCGCGUAUCGUCAUGCUGGCAUGUCGUCGUCGUCGCGUGUCGUCGUCGUGUGUCCUCGUUGUCGCGUGUCGUCGUGCUCGCGUGUCAUCGUCGUCGUCGUUCUCGCACGUCGUUGUCGCGUGCCGCUGCCACCUGUCGUGGUGAGAACUGGGCAUUGGGGUGGUGGGCAUACGUACCCUUGGGGUGGUGGGCAUACGUACCCUUGGCCCAUGACGUUGCCACGUCAUGGGCGUUGUCCCUCGUUCUUGGCCCGUCAUUCCGCGUUGGCGUGGGCGUUGUUGGCGUGGGCGUGGGCGUUGUUGGCGUGGGCAUGGGCGUUGUUGGCAUGGGUGUCGUUGGUGUGAGCGGCAUUGGCGUUGGCGGUGUUAGAGGACAGUGGUGGUGGUGGAAGGGAAAGGGAUGGUCACAGAUGUGUGACCAUGCCGCAAACAGGAUACGUGACGAUAUGGCACGCCCUCAAGUAGUCACGUGA